GAAUAGGAGGAGGGCCAAGCGCCGCUCGUUUUACGAAUACAAGUUGGAUCUGUGACGGAAACUCACCAAUUUUCUCGAAUUACUCACGUCCCUUACAUCCGAAAUAUUUUGGCAUCUGAUAUUCGCACUUCGCCAUGGCUCAACCUGUGACGACCGUUGUGCCCUUCGCAUCGUUACCCUCGUGCGCCGUACAAUGUGGACCCCUCUACGAUGCCAACGGUGCCUGUGUACCCCCUGCCGCUGCACAGGCCGAUGAAACUACCUAUGAUUCCUGCUUCUGUAAAUACGAUUCACUUCAACCAUUCAGCAAAGGGACAUCGGGAGUUUGCGACCAAGCGUGUACGGCCGAUGCAGGUGGUUUAUCCAGCAUUCAAGGCUGGUUCACAAGCUUCUGUGCCAAAGCCGCCACCGCCACCACAUCAUCUUCCUCGUCGACAAGUUCGAGCACCAGUGGUUCAAGUUCAUCGAAUGAUUCUGGUGGUGGAGACUGGUAUGUUUUUUUGUUUUUCUUGUUACCAGCACCCCGACUUUGGAAACUGAUACUUUACUCUACAGGCUCUCGACACAUUGGAAAUGGGUCAUCAUGAUUGUAAUCAUCGUUGUGGGCAUUGCCGGAAUCUGGACUGGCGCAUGUAUAUGGCGUCGCAAGUACCUUAAGAAGAAGGAUCGAAUGUACGAGCUCGGCAAAGGACUCCCCAGCAGCGUCGCGGUCAACACACAGGGUAACUUGGUCGGUUCCGGUGCGCGCG